AUGCCCGCUCCACUCACCGCGUACAACCUCAGCAAGCUCUCCGAGGAACUCCGCCCCAAGCCCCGCCCCGAGCCCGAAGUCGAAGGCUACUCACUGCCCGUCGACAUGGACCGUCCACCCGUCAACGUCCCAACCCUGCGCGCCGUGCGCCGCGGCUUCCUUCCCACGCUGUGGGCCGUUGUCGUCUCCUGGGCCGACAUCGCAGCUACAGGGCUGCUUGCCUGGGCGUCUCCAGCGUACCCGCGCCUCCAGGAAGUCUGGGACGGUAUCCAGGGCGUCGGCCGCCUCGCUCGCCGCUCCUUCGGCCGCGCGUUCGGCCAGGAGCUCCCAGAGAUCCUUACGCUCUUCGCCAAGGACAUCGGACGCGGUAUUGGCGAGUUUCUCGUCGGCGCCCUCCGCAUCGUCUUCUCUAUCGGAGCGUUCCUCUUCAACUUCUUCGAGUGGUUCGGCGGCCUCAUCCUGUUCGAUGUUUCCGGGGUCGUCUUUCUCGCUGCCAAGGGCCUUUGGCGCUUCACCCGCGCCGCUCUCCGCCUCGUCAUCCCGACGCGCGACGGAAUCUUCAAUCUAUUUGUCGGACUCAUCCUCGGCGUCAUUCGUCUCGUUCGUGUCACCUACGCUGCGCUGGCGCGCGUGGUGCGCGAGAGGAGCCUCUGGCCUCGCUCCACUAUGAUUUACGACUAG